CUUUAUAAUCUGUCCUUUUUUGAUCCGUACCCUUAUAUAAACCCUUCACGCUUCCCCCCUUUGAUCUAUCACACACACCAUCUUCUUUGUUAUUCCUGCAUACAGACAAUUCUAAGAAAACACUCAAAAAUCUCAUCGAGUAUAAUAUAUUUCAAGUGUAUAAAUGGUUAGAUCCCCGUGUUGCGAGAGGAUGGGGUUGAAGAAAGGCCCAUGGACACACGAAGAAGAUCAGAUCCUCAUCGACUACAUUAAAAAGUAUGGCCAUGACAACUGGCGCGCUCUCCCUAAACUAGCUGGUUUGUUAAGAUGCGGGAAAAGUUGCAGGCUUAGAUGGACUAAUUAUCUCAAUCCAGAUAUUAAAAGGGGUAACUUUACUAGAGAAGAAGAACAAACCAUCAUACAAUUGCAUGCAGCCAUAGGAAAUAGAUGGUCAGCAAUUGCAGCACAAUUACCGGGACGUACGGAUAACGAAAUUAAAAAUGUUUGGCACACUCACUUAAAGAAGAGAGUUCAUGAGGCUGAGAACCAAUGUCAAGCCUCAAAUUUUCAGCAACAAAAGAUCAAAUUAGAAGAGUACAUUGAGUUAUCACCGACGUCCUCCUCUAUAAAAUCAUCAGAUAUUAAUUCUGAUCAUGCUCAUGAUCAGACUAGUGACAGUCAACUCAAUUCUCCUAACUGUGAGAUUUCUUCAGUUAUCACCACGGAUAAAGGUGACAUGCAAGUUUUGGGACGUUUACAAGAAAUGGAUAAUGACUUAUGGUCAGAGAUUUUCUCAGGUGAAAACUCCGGUGAGUUAACGGUGAUGGAAGCAGGUUACAAAUACACGUCAAGCAUGAAUGAUGACAUGCAGUUUUGGUUCAAUGUAUUUACGAGAGGGGAGGAGUUAUUAGAAUUCUAAACGGGGUAACGGUUUUCUAAUCACUAUAUUCGGUUUUUUCGUUACUAAAAACCAUUGUUUUUAAGCACAAAAUCGUUGGUUUUUGUUAAUAAGAUCAAAGAGAACAGAAUGUAUCACUAACGUGAAAGAGCGAGUUCAGAUCAAAAUCUUGGAUUAAAAUUCUUGUGUUUUUACCUUUUUUAAUUUUUAGAUGAUACGAUUGACUCGAAGAGUAUUAAUUAGAAGGUGACAAGUUUGACGAAUUCAAAGUCAUUGUUGAUAGACUAAAUGCAAAAAUAGGACAAGUGGAGAAAACUUUUUAACAAAAAGUAAUUUAUAUACAAAUUGGCUUCUUAAUUUUCUUUUAUAAAUAAUCAUAUUGUUUAACCAUACCGUGGCUGCU